UGUCAUAUACAUUUAAUUCAAUAUCAGUGCAAAGUAGGGUUGUUAUCAUGUUCCUGUUUCAAACAUAUUUUCUGCACUAUUACUCUGGAAAAAACCCAUACUCAAGACGAAUGUGAAACCGUAGUGAAACCUUGUUAUUGAUGUAGUUCUGUAUAGUGUGUAUUAGUAUUAGCUCAGAUAAUGAAUUGCACGAUACAGACUCAAAUAUGUUUAACUUCAUCUCUUUGCACGGCCACAAUCCACAUAUUUAUAUUACUUUUGUCUUGGUGGUAGUUUGUAUUUGGCAGAAUCUCUUUUGACAACCCUAGUGCAGUGUGUUGUACAAACUCAACAGUUAUGUGGAAGACAUGAACAGUAACAGACAAACUAAAUCUUGUUCUAUAAUGACAACUGUUGUAGACCAUUGCAGUCUUGUACGUGGCUUCAUUAUGUUUUUACAGCUCUAGUUAAAAGCACUGUUGUUGGCUGCCACAGAGGCCCAUCUCUGGCCCAGGCUGUUUAAACAUUUUAUUACCUGUUAGGGCUAUUUAUAAUGUCGUGAGCUUGAGCAAGUCUCGGCUGUCAGUAAUUUGCACCUGCAGGAGUAGUUUCACUCUGGCCUGGGUGGGAGAGCAGUGAAUAGACAGACUGAAAGGAAAAGUUGGUGGCUUACACAUUUUGACAAAACCUCAUUGAUACAAAUAAAUAUUUUUGUUUUUGUUGAUUUGGAAGUUUAUAUUGUUCUUAUCCAGUGCUUUGGUGUCAUAGUUUUCAAAUAUAAUCUGGGCCCGCACAGUGAUAAUUUUCCAGUUCUUUGUAAAGACAUGUACAUUCUGUCUGUAGAUUUCUGUGAAUGGCUGGUGUGUGCAUGUGCACUGUGGCCUACUCCUGGUGACUGCGUGCCUAUUUUAAGUAAGCGACAAAAGGCCCAGUUAGAUUUGGUUGGUUGGAAAGUUGACGUGCUCCACAGAGCUCCUCUUGUUAAACUGAGGCCUGCUCCCUGGCUCACUGCUUUACUCUGGCUCUCCAAAUGUUCUCCUUGCCUCAAAGUGCCGAGCUCAGCAAAUAUUUGAAACUUUGCAAGUUAAUCAUAAGUUGAAACACCCUUUGACUCCUCCUUUACAAACACUGAGGGAGAGAGAAGGGAAGGGGGAGUGACCAACACCCGUAUGUGGCGUGAGGCUGUGCUUCGAGCUAGUGCUAAUCAUUAACCUUGUGCCUGCACAGCAGCAGCAGGCCGCAGCAGGGCAGAGUCAGCAACAGGCAAGUGUGCUCAAGGCAGGAACCCAGUACUCGCACCUGACCUUACUUUGUACGGAUUACCUGGAUUUUAAUAGAACUGUUUUGAGAGAGGCCUUCUACACGUUUUGGCCUUUUGGUAGAAUACAUUUCUAUGCAGUCGUUUGAACCAAAUGUGGUGGACACAGUUAAACUACUUGGAAUGACAACAAAAUAUGCAUAACCUCUACCCUCUACCUCCAAAGCCACUCAAGCCUCCACCUGUGACUAACAACGGUAUGAACAAUAACAUGGCUCUUCAAGACGCCGAGUGGUACUGGGGCGACAUCUCUAGGGAAGAGGUGAAUGAGAAACUUAGGGACACCGCAGACGGUACUUUUCUGGUGCGAGAUGCCUCUACCAAAAUGCACGGAGACUACACUCUGACAUUAAGGAAAGGGGGCAACAAUAAACUCAUAAAGAUAUUUCAUCGAGAUGGAAAGUACGGCUUCUCCGAUCCACUAACGUUUAGCUCAGUUGUUGAACUCAUCAACCACUACCGCACGGAGUCCCUGGCUCAAUACAACCCAAAACUAGACGUCAAACUGUUGUACCCUGUAUCUAAACAUCAACAGGAUCAAGUAGUGAAAGAGGACAACAUUGAAGCAGUAGGUAGAAAGCUGUGCGAGUACCAUCAGCAGUACCAGGAAAAGAACAAGGAGUAUGAUUGUCUCUAUGAAGAAUACACAAGAACAUCACAAGAAAUUCAAAUGAAACGCACAGCGAUAGAAGCAUUUAAUGAAACUAUUAAGAUCUUCGAAGAGCAAUGCCAAACACAAGAGCGGUACAGCAAAGAGUAUAUUGAGAAGUUUAGAAGAGAAGGGAAUGACAAAGAGAUUCAAAGAAUCAUGGGGAACUAUGAGAAAUUGAAAUCUCGGAUAAGUGAAAUUGUGGACAGUAAGCGGCGCCUGGAGGAGGAUCUGAAGAAGCAGACUGCAGACUACAGAGAGAUUGACAAGAGAAUGAACAGCAUCAAGCCUGAUCUCAUUCAACUACGCAAGACCAGAGACCAAUAUCUAAUGUGGUUGACCCAGAAAGGAGUAAGACAGAAAAAGCUCAACGAGUGGCUGGGAAUCAAGAACGAGAACACAGAAGAUCAAUAUUCUAUGGUAGAGGACGAUGAAGACCUGCCUCAUCACGACGAGCGUUCCUGGAAGCUAGGCAACAUAAACAGACUCCAGGCUGAGGCGCUGCUGCAGGGCAAGAGAGACGGUACAUUCCUGGUUCGGGACAGCAGUAAGGCUGGAUGCUACGCCUGCAGUGUUGUCGUGGAUGGUGAGGCCAAGCACUGCGUCAUCAACAAAACACCAUCAGGUUAUGGCUUCGCAGAACCCUACAACCUAUACAGCUCUUUGAAAGAACUUGUACUUCACUACCAGCAUACAUCCUUGGUCCAGCACAAUGACUCUCUAAAUGUGACGUUAGCAUACCCAGUGUAUGCUCAGCAGAGACGGUGAGGAGCGCACCAGUCUGUAGACACAAGGACAGGCCUCAAGGCAGUUUACACAAGCAAGACUCAGACUGGAGACAAGAAAGAAAACACAUAAAAGCCUGGACCAUUUCAGUGACUUAGGCUGACCACAAGCAGCUCUCUGAAUGUACUUGUCCUCUGCCCUUUGUGGACGAACUAAGGACUGAGCUCUGCAGUGGAGAACAUGUGAGGCCUUCUAUUGGUGCUUGUUCCUCCCAAAGCUUUCCCAGCUGGAAUGUCUGCACCGUUCACAUGGAUACGUCCCACUUGCCACCAUUUGUUGUUCCACUUCGUUUCUUUCAUGCUAUGUUCGAUUCUGAGCGAGGAUUUCUGUGUGUAGAUGCCUGCAAGUGUGUGACCAAAACUCAUCAAAUCAGGAAGCGUUGUGAUGCUUGAGGAUUUGUGUUAACUGUUAAAGAGCAGACCAUGGAUCAGCUAAAAAUGUAGCAAAAUGGCACUUUUAACUAAGUUUUUGUGACUUUUUUUGAUGUCUGAAGGGGGAAACUCCUAUAGGGACUUUUAUGUGAAGUGCAGAGACAGACUCUGGCUUCUUAAUGUUGAGCAUUAGAAGUAAACUUGAUCUCUACUGUUGGCAGGUGAAACUAUGAAUGGAUUUUGUUAUGUACAUACACAGUGCAAAGUCAUGAAUCGAAGUGCACCAUACCAAAAAUCAGUUCCUGCUUAGAGUUUAUAUUCUGAUCUGCUAUGCAAUUCUUUAUUUUUAGAUAUAUCUUUUCUGUUGCAACCCACAAUAUAAGCUUGUUUUAUUGCUUAAAGUAUUUUUCCGAUGUAAAAAUCCAAGAGGAUAUUUUGUGUCAAAAUGCCAAGAUACAUACAGAGCAGAUUUAUGUUUUUUUAAGAUUAUAACAGAAACAUACAUUUUAUUAUAAUGAAAUUAACAACCGCUAUAUAGAUUAAAAGAUGACUAUUUUCUAUGUCUUUUUGCUUCAAAGUAAUGCUGUUCUCAGGCAGAGCCUUGUGAAUAUCAAGCUGCUACAUUCACAGUACUAUUUCUUACAGAGUUAAACAACAUGCAGUUUUGGAUGUCAGUGAACUCAGAGAAUGCUACAGUGGGAUUUGCAACAAAAACGCUGCAUAUUUUCACCCCAUAUUACUCACAGUGAAUACAACAGCAUAGAUUUAUUUUGUUAUAAAAUAUAAAUAAAUAAGUAAAUAAAUAUGUAUAUGUUUUCACUUAACUCACAGCAGCCUGGUGUUUGCAACUGCUGUAUGCUCAUAUUAAAAAUCGUAGACAUCAUCCACUUAGUAUUUUUCUGUAUCAGAAAAUCACUUUGUCUACACUGGUGGAUCACCAUAUUUCAAUUCUUUCAUAUUUCCAAAGGACAGCAUUUGCCAGUGAAACCCUCAAAUCCAUCUCAGUGUUUUUAAUUUAACCAAAAGUCCACAAUUCAGGUACAGUUUCAGAUAUGACUGUUAUACUUUUGACCACCCAAUUGACCAUUUUUGGUUGAAACAAGAGCCCAUAACAGUACAAAAUGGCUUCAGAAAUAUACACAGAAAUGUGCUUUUUUUUCUCUUUGUUGUUACAAUGUAUUUUUGAUUUAUUCUCUUUUCACUGACAUGUCAAAUUUUAGUAAUACUUAAGCCCAAAUUAGUUUGUGGAACUUGUAUUUCAACACGAUACCAGUCCACACAAGUUGGGAAAGGUAACUAUUGUCCACACUAUACACAAUUGUAAAACAAACAAAAGAAAAACAGCACUCUUCAUUUUUCAUUGAAUUAGUUGCAGGCCUUUAUAAUUGACUAAGUGUAAAAUGUAGAUUUUAAAGUGAAAUGCUAUGUAUUUUAUUUGAACAAGGAAGACCCCUUAUGGUACUUAAUGUGUAUUUCCUGCCAACUGAUUUUGUUUUUCUUUCAUGGUCAAAUGGUUUUAUUUUAGACACAUCUUUCUCUGUUGGUGUCCCAGGCACAAUUGGAUUAAAAUUUAACCGUGUUCUGGCCUUUUUCUUUAGUACUUAAUGGGCUUUGUUAAAAGGAAAUAAAAUUGUUCUUUUUAUUAAAUUUGA